UGAGAAUUUCAAAGAAUUUCUUAUCUACGUAUGUCGAUUAAUUUCAAAACAAAUUAAACUAAAGCAUCGUUUUAUAAGGUGAAUCUCAAGUUCACGGCUCAGUUGGAUUCGAUCAUUUGAGACGACAACAUGGCUACACGGAUUCUGAUUUUACUGGUCGCAAUGGCCGCCGUGCAGUCUUACCCCCAAUACUUCGACGACCUCGUGUUUCCGCAGUACACGAGAACGGCCCUCGGCGACUCAGUGGACGUCGCCUCUAUGAAACUUCUCAAGGAAACCUACAAAUCUGCAACAGAGAAGAACGUGGUGACAUCGCCUCUGGGGAUACAGACCCUGCUGGCGCUCUACGCGAGCGGAGCUGAAGGGAAGAACAGAGAAGAGAUCGUAAAGAGCCUUGGAGCAUCUGAAUAUGGACUGCUCAAGAACAACUACAUCGAUAUGAGCGACCGGUUCAGCUCUAUGGACCGCAAGUUCCUGACUCUGUGCAACAAAGUGCUGGUCUCCGACAAGUACAGUUUGCAGGAUCAGUUCCUCAAGACAGCGCGCUCCUUCCACAGCGAAGUCGACAACAUCAACUUUGAGGACACUAAAGCAGCUGCUGAUGCUAUUAACGAAUGGGCUUCAAGGAACACAGAUGGAAAGAUCUCCAACCCCGUCUCAGAAAGUGACAUCGACCCCGCUUCUGCUGUGGCUCUGCUCAACGUCAUCUACUUCCAGGGCCAUUGGCACGUGCCGUUCAAUGCUAGCGAGACGAAAGACAAAGAAUUCCACGUGGACAAAUCCACCACCGUGGUGAAGCCCAUGAUGCACCUCGAGCAGUCUCUUCACUACCGCGACAGCCCUGAGUUGGGAGCCUGGUUGGUGGAACUUCCGUAUAAAGAGUCAAAGUUCCGCAUGAUCAUAGUCCUGCCCAAGGAUGUCGAUGGACUCCAAGCUGUGGUCGAGAAGGCGGCAGAGAAUGGUCUCCUCCAGGAUGUAUUUCAAAUGUACCCAGCAGGCGCUGAAGUGAUCCUCGAUUUGCCCAAAUUUGAGAUCAGAUCUAAACUGAACCUUAACGAACUUCUGCCAAAGGUGGGUGUGUCGCGUAUCUUCGAGGAGUCAGCAGCUGGCAUCAUCAAGGAGCAAGGCGUGGCUGUGUCACGUGGUUUGCAAGAGGCUUUUAUCAAGGUGGAUGAGGAGGGCGCCACUGCUGGAGCCUUUACUGGUCUGGUAGCAGUGCCUAUGUCAUCAAACUCUCGUCCGCCGCCGCCGAUCCACUUCAAGGCGGACCAUCCCUUCCUGUUCGCCAUCCUGCAUGACGACGUGGUGCUGUUCACGGGUACUUACUCGCACUAACACGUCACGUGUCAUGUGAAGCGACGUGACACGUGACGUCACGUGUGUCACGUCAAGCAACGUGACACGUAACGUUUGUGCUAACACGGUGCUUCUAACCUGCCGAUGGAUUUGUCAAAUUGUGUUUAUGCUUCUUUAUAAAACAGUUAAUCCCAAUAUGUUUUACACACCUAAUAAAAAUACAUACUUACAAUACAAAUGCAAUUGUAAAAUUAAGGUUCUUUCCCCAACCCACAUAGAUAUUGUCAAUGUGAUAUUAUUAGCGUUAAAUAAACAUUUUUAAUACAAA